AUGAGGGAAAAAGAGGUAAAUGGCGGAGUAUUCCGCUUACAGCUUUGUCCUCCAGAACUGAGACAGUAUUACAAGUCUACGGCUCUCAAGCGUUACAAGUCUAGGGCUCUCAAGUGUUAUAAGUGUAGGGCUCUCAGGCGUUAUCAAUCUAGGGCUCUCAAGCGUUAUAAGUGUAGAGCUCUCAAGCGUUAUCAGUGUAGGGCUCUCAAGUGUUAUAAGUCUAGGGCUCUCAAGCGUUAUAAGUCUAGGGCUCUCAAGUGUUACAAGGCUAGGGCUCUCAAGCGUUAUACGUGUAGAGCUCUCAAGCCUUACAAGUCUAAGGCUCCAAAGCGUUACAAGUCUAAGGCUCCAAACCAUUAUAGGGCUAGGGCUCUCAAGCGUUACAAGGCUAAGGCUCUCAAGCGUUUCAAGGCUAGGGCUCUCAAGCGUUAUAAGUGUAGAGCUCUCAAGAGUUAUAAGUCUAGGGCUCUCAAGCGUCAUAAGUGUAGAGCUCUCAAGCGCUACAAGUCUAAGACUCUCAAAUGUUUCAAGUAUAGGGCUCUCAAGCGUUACAAGUCUAAGGCUCUAAAGCGUUAUAAGUCGAGGGCUUCCAAGCGUUAUAGGGCUAGGGUUCUCAAGCGUUACAAUUCUAGGGCUCUCAAUCGUUAUAAGUCUAAUAAGUGUAGGACUCUCAAGCGUUACAAGUCUAAGGCUCCAAAGCGUUAUAGGGCUAGGGUUAUCAAGCGUUAUAAGUGUAGAGCUCUCAAGCUAUACAAGGCUAGGGCUCUCAAUCGUUAUAAGUCUAGGGCUCUCAAGCGUUACAAGUCUAAGGCUCCAAAGCGUUAUCAGGUUCUCAAGCGUUAUAAGUCUAGGGCUCUCAAGCGUUAUAAGUGUAGAGCUCUCAAGCGUUAUCAGUGUAGGGCUCUCAAGUGUUAUAAGUCUAGGGCUCUCAAGCGUUAUAAGUCUAGGGCUCUCAAGUGUUACAAGGCUAGGGCUCUCAAGCGUUAUACGUGUAGAGCUCUCAAGCCUUACAAGUCUAAGGCUCCAAAGCGUUACAAGUCUAAGGCUCCAAACCGUUAUAGGGCUAGGGCUCUCAAGCGUUACAAGGCUAGGGCUCUCAAGCGUUUCAAGGCUAGGGCUCUCAAGCGUUAUAAGUGUAGAGCUCUCAAGCGUUAUAAGUCUAGGGCUCUCAAGCGUCAUAAGUGUAGAGCUCUCAAGCGUUACAAGUCUAAGACUCUCAAAUGUUUCAAGUAUAGGGCUCUCAAGCGUUACAAGUCUAAGGCUCUCAAGCGUUAUAAGUCUAGGGCUUCCAAGCGUUAUAGGGCUAGGGUUCUCAAGCGUUACAAUUCUAGGGCUCUCAAUCGUUAUAAGUCUAAUAAGUGUAGGACUCUCAAGUGUUACAAGUCUAAGGCUCCAAAGCGUUAUAGGGCUAGGGUUAUCAAGCGUUAUAAGUCUUGGGCUAUCAAGCGUUACAAGUCUAAGGCUCCAAAGCGUUAUCAGUCCAGGGCUCUCAAUCGUUAUAAGUGUAGAGCUCUCAAGCGUUAUAAGUCUAGGCUCUCAAGUGUUUCAAGUCUAGGGCUCUCAAUCGUUAUAAGUUGUAGGGCUCUCAAGCGUUAUCAGUGUAGGGCUCUCAAGCGUUACAAGGCUAGGGCUCUCAAGCGUUAUAAGUGUAGGGCUCUCAAGUGUUUCAAGUCUAGGGCUCUCAAGCGUUACAAGUCUAAGGCUCCAAAGCGUUAUGAGUCCGGGGCUCUCGAGCGUUAUAAGUGUAGAGCUCUCAAGCGUUACAAGUCUAUGGCUCUCAAGUGUUUCAAGUCUAUGGCUCUCAAUCGUUAUAAGUUUAGGGCUCUCAAGUGUUUCAAGUCUAUGGCUCUCAAUCGUUAUAAGUGUAGGGUUCUCAAGCGUUACAAGGCUCUCAAUCGUUAUAAGUGUAGGGCUCUCAAGCGUUAUAAGUUUAGGUCUAUCAAGGGUUUUAAGUCUAGGACUAUCAAGCGUUACAAGUCUAAGGCUCUCAAGUGUUAUAAGUCUAGGCCUUCCAAGCGUUAUAGGGCUAGGGUUCUCGAGCGUUACAAUUCUAGGGCUCUCAUGCGUUAUAAGUGUAGGGCUCUCAAGCGUUAUAAGUCUAAGACCCUCAAGUGUUACAAGUCUAAGACCCUAAAGCGUUACAAAUAUAGGGCUUCCACGCGUAAGAGGGCUAGGGCUCUCAAUCGUUAUAAGUCUAAGGCUCACCAGUGGUCCAAAACACAGGGAACAAAUCACCCCUACUCUGUGGUGGAAUGGUGA